GCCGUGGGUUGUAGGCGCGUCUGGAUUAAGGCGACUGCGGCACUGUGCAUCUGCAGACGAUGCCGUCUGUGAAACGAGCGCGCGCCGAGUCGUCCUCGUCGGCCAACUCUGGCCCGGCGCACAAGCGUGCUCGCGCCGUGCAGUCUCGCGUGGACACGGGUCUGCGGGCGGGCGCCGGCCGCCAGGCGCCGCCGCAGAGCCGUCCGCCUCUGAAGCGGCCCCCGCUGGCGCCCCGGCAAGUGGGUCAGAACCGGCAGGUCGCCGCCAAACCCACCACCGCUCCAAAGGUGGACUCGCACAGCCGGCCGGCGCCCGUCACACAGGACCAGCUGGAGGCAUGGCGCCUGGCUCGCCGUCAGAAGCUGGCCGAGCGCAUCAUGCGGGGUCGCACGGGCGGCGCCGCCGCCGCCGCGGCCGCUGCCGCUUGCCUCGGCAUGGACGCCGAGUCGCGAUCGCUGAGCACCAUGCACCGGUCGCGCUCGGUGAACCCGGCCGCAGCCAUGCACCGCGCCCGGACCUCCUCCAUGGCGCUGGAGACUGUUCCAUCCGGCGACGGGGACGCGGCGGCCGCAGCACCCUGUGCCCGCGUCUGGCGCCACGCCCGGACGCUCUCUGCGCCCCACUGGAGCCACGCCGGUCCGCUCGACCACCAAGGGCGGCGUCGCCUGGUCGGUGGACGGCUCGGCUCGGCCCGCACGAGAGUCGUCCGCGCCCACGCCGGCCCGCUCGGCCGCUAA